CUUAUACUGGGGAGCAUGGGAUGAAUUGCAGCAGUGCAGGAUGUCCUAAGAAUCUAAAUACUAUGUGUCCGACAGAUGCAUUGACUUGUCCAACUAGAUUUUACAAGAUUAUAUUUUGCCCCGCUUCCAGCGCCGGAUCUUUAAACCAAAGUCUGAGUGUAGGUGACUCACUCACCGCUGGGAACGAGACAACUCGAUGGCUCUCUCCCUCAGGGGAUUUUGCAUUUGGGUUUUACCAACUUCCAAACAGGCUUUUCUUACUCGCUAUAUGGUAUGCCAAGAUACAAAAUGAUUCCAUCAUUUGGUAUGCAAAUGGAGACAACCCUGCUCCUAAGGGAUCAAGAUUGGUAUUAAUGACUCUAGUGGAUUGGUUCUCACCAACCCCCAAGGUUCAGAGCUAUGGAGAUCAUCAGAGUUUUAUUUAAGUAGAAUUUCAAUGGGUUUAAUGAAGGAUGAUGGAAAUUUUCAAUUACGAGACCAAAACUUUGUUGUAUUAUGGCAGAGUUUCAAUCAUUUUACUGAUACAUUACUUCCUGGUCAAGUAUUGAAUUCAAAGAAUUGUCUUUAUUCUCGACAAGGAGAAUUCAACUUCUCGCGAGGAAUGUUUGAACUUCGUCUAGAAAAAGAUGGACAUGGUUUGCUCCUCAACCUUAUAAAUUCUCCUUCAAAUACAUACUACAGUACUCAACAUGAUGCUUACUAUGAAAGUCGCAUUGUUUAUCCAUAUAAUGAACCGUUGGAUGUUGGCGACAAAUUAAUAUUUGACAAAGAUUAUUUCUCCUUAUACAUACUUAUUAAAGAGAAUGGGAAGCAUAUUCCUAUCACCAAUUCAAAAAACUAUGUUUCAAAUGGUAACUACUACUAUAAAGCCACUAUCAAUCAUGAUGGAGUUUUUACCCUUUCAUAUUACCCUAGAAAUCCAACAAAUGUUCAGCGUUGGAUAGUUGCAAAGACAAUACCUGAGAACAUUUGUUUGAAUUCUACAUCUAACAAUGGUAUUUGUGGGUUAAAUAGCAUUUGCAGCCUUAGAGAUGAUCAAAGGCCAAAGUGUACAUGUCAAGAAGGAUAUUCUCUAAUUGAUUCAAACAACAUGUAUGGUGGUUGCAUACCAAAUUUCCAAGUUAAUAUUUGUCAAUGUAGGCAUCAAGGGUCACAAAAUGAUACACAAAUUAUGAGGAAUUUGUCCAACACUUAUUCGCCUAAAUUUGAUUAUCAACCAUUGAGUACUUGUACAUUACAAGAAUGCAAGGAAUAUUGUAUGCAAGAUGGCUGGUGUGUGUUGGUUUUUGUCAAUGAAAGUUCUUGCUGGAAAAAUAAGCUACCACUCUCACAUGGGAGAAAAGAUUUGUCAAUGAAAGGAACUUCUAUCAUAAAAAUAAGGAGAAAUGAUACUCUAUCAAUCCUUUCCAAUGUGAUUAAAGAUAAUGUUCAUAAUAACACCAAAAAGAUGAGAGAUUAUGGUUCUUUGAUGAUUGUGAUGUCAAUUAUUUUGGGAUUCUCCAUUGUUAUAAUUAUAGCAUUGUGUGGUCCAAUUUGUUUUUGGCACAACCACAAGAAGAUAAAAAGUAGUGCAACCAACAUAAGUGUUGUUGACAGAAAUUUGAGAAUUUUUACUUACAAGGAAAUUACGGAAGCAACAAACAACUUUAGAGAAGAACUAGGAAGGGGGUCUUGUAGCAUUGUAUACAAAGGAACAAUUGAUGUGGAUAUGAAUGUGGCUGUUAAGAAAUUGGACAAGUUGUUUCAAGAUAGUGAUAAGGAAUUUCAGACUGAAAUGAAUGUGAUAAUCGAAACUCAUCAUAGGAACCUUGUUCGUCUUCAUGGGUAUUGUAGCGAGGAACAACACAGGGUUUUGGUGUAUGAGUUAAUGAGUAAUGGUACUCUAGCAAGCUUCCUUUUCACUCCUUUGAAACCAAGUUGGAGCCGAAGAGUUCAGAUCGCAAUUGGCAUUGCAAGAGGUCUUGUUUACUUGCAUGAGGAAUGUUGCACCCAAAUCAUCCAUUGUGACAUAAAGCCGCAAAACAUACUUCUUGACGAUGAUUACAAUGCUAGAAUUUCUGAUUUCGGGUUAGCAAAACUAUUAUUAAUUAAUCAAAGUCACACCAAAACCGGAAUUAGAGGAACCAAAGGGUAUGUUGCACCAGAUUGGUUUAGGAGUGCACCGAUCACGGCUAAAGUUGAUGCUUACAGUUUUGGUGUGUUGUUACUAGAGAUUAUUUUCUGCAGGAAAAAUGUUGAGGGUGAUAAUGUUAGUGAAGAAAAGAGGAUUUUAACUGAUUGGGCCUAUGAUUGCUACAAGGCUACAAAAUUGGAUCUUCUUCUAGAAAAUGAAGGUGAGGCUAUUGAUGAUAUGAGUAGAGUGGAAAAAUUUGUCAUGAUUGCUAUUUGGUGCACUCAAGAAGAUCCAUCAAUUAGGCCAACAAUGAAAAGGGUUUUGCUAAUGCUAGAAGAGAUUGUUGAAGUUGCUAUUCCUCCAAGUCCCUACCUUUAUGGUUCUUUUGGGUGAAAGUGAAAUUUGUCCUACUUGUAAUUUUCAUUUACUAAGUGUUUUUGUUUAUUUAGUUUUUCUUCAAAUCUGUUUUUUAUGUAAUCAAAAAACUGAAUAGAGAUAUUAAUGAUGGAAAGACGAUACUUCAGUUUGUUUCCUAAAAUAUAACUUAUUAGACAAGAUUAAACAUUUUCUAAAUGUCAAA